GGGCCGUUUGGUCACUUCCGUCAAAAUACAACAAAUGAAGUAAUGCUAGCAUGCUGUGCGAUGAGAAAUAAAGCAACCAGAUUUUAAGUUUUAUUUGUGUCUAGCUAAGAAAUACCGCGAUUCGACUGGCAGCUGUACACCACCAGGUUCGGCACUCAUGGAGCCGUCCACUAAGCCUGGGAACAACCAGGUGGCUGAUGUGGUGUUUGUCAUCGAAGGGACGGCAAAUCUUGGACCUUACUUUGAAUCUUUAAGAAAGAAUUAUAUACUGCCAGCUAUAGAAUAUUUCAAUGGAGGGCCUCCAGCAGAAACAGAUUUUGGUGGAGAUUAUGGAGGGACACAGUACGGUCUUGUGGUGUUCAACACAGUGGACUGUGCCCCCGAGUCAUACGUCCAGUGUCACGCCCCAACCAGCUCUGCCUUUGAGUUUGUCUCGUGGAUCGACAGCAUCCAGUUCAUGGGAGGUGGAGCGGAAAGCUGUAGUCUAAUUGCAGAGGGACUCUCUGUGGCCUUGCAGCUCUUUGAUGACUUUAAGAAGAUGAGGGAGCAAAUAGGUCAAACCCACAAGGUGUGUGUGCUGCUGUGUAACUCUCCUCCAUACCUGCUCCCUGCCGUGGAGAGUGUCAGCUACACCGGCUGCACAGCAGACAACUUGGUCAAAAUCAUCAGAGACAGAGGAAUUCACUUCUCUGUGGUGGCCCCACGGAAACUUCCUGCCCUAAGGGCUUUGUUUGAGCGAGCAUCUCCAGUAGGAGGUGCGGUUGAACCCCAUCCAGACUACAGUCAGGACCCCUUCCACAUGGUCCUGGUCAGAGGCAUCUCGCUUCCUGUUUCCUCAGGUGGAGGACCUGGGCCGCUCAAACCUGUCAUCCCUCCUCAGCCGCUGCCUGUCAGUCAGCCUCUUGGUGGAGCUUCACAGCCCCCUCCACCCAUUAACACAACCCACCCUUAUCAGAAUCCGGCCCCCAUGACUGCUGCUCAGGUGGCUGCACAGAUGGCCGUGGAUGCAGCCAACAACCAGAAGAGUCGCUUCCCAGGAAUGGUCAAUCAAGGUCCUCCGUUCACCAGUCAGCCAACCAUCCCAUCAGUCGCUGGGGUGAAGAUCAAUCAGCCCAGCCUUACAACCGUCACCACAGCAACGCAGCCCAUGAUGCCACAACAACAAGUUGCUCCCAAUCAGCAGCAGCCAGUCCCACCCCAAGGGCAGCCUGUGCCCAAUCAGCAGCAGCAGGCACAACCUCAGCAGCAACCCACCGUGAAUCAGGCCACAGUGGCUUCAGCGCAGCCCAACAUGCCUGGUGUGUCUGGAGCUCAAGGCGCUGCAAAUCCAAUUGGACAGCAGCAAGGUGUGGCCAAUAAGAUUGUAGCAUGGACCGGUGUUCUGGAGUGGCAAGAGGUAAUACCUAAUAAAAAAAUCUGA